UUUCAGUUCACUUAACAAUCGUCGUGGGGGAAGAUGCGUUUGUUACCUCUCUCGGUGGUAAUAUUAUGGGCCUGUUUUCUUUACAGUGCCUCUGCGGAUAACAGCGGCGUAAAGAAAAUGAAGGUUCAAUUUGCCACGGGUCCACUUCUCAAAUUCCAGAUUUGUGUCUCCUGAGGAUACAAGCGGGUGUUUGAGGAGUACACGCAGGCUUUGUACCAGCGGUACCCAGACAUCCGCAUAGAAGGAGAAAACUACCUUCCUCUGCCUAUCUACAGGCACAUUGCUUCCUUUCUGUCUAUGUUUAAGCUGUUGUUAAUUGGUGUGAUCAUUGUGGGCAAGGAUCCAUUUGCUCUAUUUGGCAUGCAGGCUCCAGGUCUCUGGGUUUGGAGUCAGGAGAAUAAGAUAUAUGCCUGUAUGAUGGUGUUCUUCUUCAGCAAUAUGAUUGAAAAUCAGUGUAUGUCUACAGGUGCUUUUGAAAUCACGCUCAAUGAUGUUCCAGUCUGGUCUAAGCUGGAGUCAGGCCACCUGCCUUCCAUGCAGCAGUUAGUCCAAAUUCUGGAGAAUGAGAUGAAGAUGAACGUGCACAUGGACACACUUUCACACCAUCGCUCAUAACCUUGCCUCUGAUUCACUGAACGGAGCCGACGACCCCUCCAUUUCUGCGGUGAAGCUCUCCUGCGGUUGUAAGGUGACGUUUAUGAAGGUUUGCGCUGAAAGUAGAGACUCUACUAGCGCACGCCAGAUGUCCUUGCGUUCUCCUCAACGUGCCUCUCGAGAUGCAUCACCAACAGAUGCUGGUGUGGGAUCUACGGCAACAACAGUGGCCAUAUAAUUAAGAUCGCAUCCCAUCUCUUGUGCAAUAACCAUUUGGUUCUGAUCACAAUGACUCCGAUUUUCAUUUUAGUUCAGAUGGCUCAGUCAACAGAAUUAACGAUGGCAUAUAUAUAUUUUUCCACAUCAUACUGUAUGGCUAACUCUCGGUAUACGUUUUAUUUAGUAGAUGUGAGAAGCUCCUAACUUAUACAUCCAACCCCCAAUCAUGAUAAUUUAACAACUAAGUAACAUUAUAUUUCUGAGCCCUGGAUUUUAUAUUGCUUUGUAUAGCUUAAAAUGUUUACUAAAAGAAGAAUAAAAUGUAAUACUAAA